AUGUUCAUCAACUAUUUCGUUCUCUUGACCGCCGCAACUGCUGGUACAUUUGCGAUUCCUCAGAGAUUCCGUUGGGGCGCUACAACUUCAACUCCUGCUGCUGUUACACCUCAGCCUGCAUCUACAUCUGCUGCUCCUCCUGCCUCGUCCAGUACACCUCCCGCAGAUACACCUCCCGCAAGCUCUGCCAUUGCUGAUGCUGGUGCUGCUUCUGUCCCCUCGACUGAAGGGGGUGCUGCUACUGGUGGAGAAUCACACCAAAUCACCAUCGUCAACAAUUGCGGAGAAGGUCAACCGCUUUUCGCCUACGCUGUUAACAGAGCUGGUCAACCGGUUCAAGGCAGCGUUACGAUCAAUGGUCCCGUCGAUAGUGGUAUAGCAUGGAUGGACGGUACGAAAGAUAAUUGUGGAUUUGAUGGUACAGGUUGCGGUUUUAUGGAAUUCACAAUCGCUAAUUCCAUGAUGAAUUCGGCCGAUUAUUCUUUACUUACUGCAGGUUUAGGUGAACAUCAUUUUAAAUACGCAAUGGAUUUCAAGUUUACAGGCGAAUGUACGGCCGGACCAGGUAAAUGUCAAAGUGGAGAUAAUUGUCCAGGAGCAUAUACUGGUACGGAUACUUUUAGUGGGGAUCCGACUACCUGUGGUGGCCAGAAUGUCGGGAUUCAUAUCACUUUCUGCUAG